CUAUAAAACUCUGCUCACUGGAUUGUUCUCAGCAUUCGGAGCACUCGCUAGCUUCCCAUGCACUGACCUAACCUGACUGCAGGCCCUCAGCCUCUAACCAUUGUCUGGACUGUGCACUAAGUCAACAAGAAUGCGGGCUCUACUAGUCUUCAGUGUUCUCCUGGCUGCUGUCUGGGCUGACCCCUCUGGCUUCUCAUUUUCCCCAGCUGUGGGUGGCGGAUCUGGGACCUCUUACACCAUUUUAGGGGAUGGCCGCAUCACAGCAGUCAGAAUCUGGGAUAAUGGAUACAUCCGUGGCCUCCAGGUCCGUUAUGGAUUCGAAUGGUCGCAACUUGCUGGUUUUACAGGUGGCACCGAGCUUGAGUUUGAGCUGUUUGACGGCGAGUUCAUCGUUCAAGUCUCCGGCAAGUUCUCUCGCUACAUCCAGUCUCUCUUCAUCGUCACCAACAGGGGGCGCUCCAUGAUUGCUGGACAGCCAUCUGGAACUACCUUCAACAUGUACGCCGUCCAUCCAAUGGCCGAGCUGCGAUUCCUGAGCGGCCGCUACAACGGAGGUCUCACCUCUAUCGCCACGCACUGGGCAAUUCUUCCCAUGGGCAACAUGGCCGUAAACGGCACUUCUGAUUAACGGAAGGGAAUGAAGAACAGCCCAAUACCAUGGUUAUAACUGCCAUGCCUACUGCUUGGCUACGGUGGCUACAUUAUCAUCAGGAUAUUUCACCUUGCAUCAAUUGAAAUUAUCUGAGGGACACAUCACACUCUUGUUCGUUGUCUUUUGAUUUUUUAAAUGUCUGAUAUGGCUACCUGUCUGUCAGGGAAUUUGUCUGUCACAUCGAAAUGCAUAGCUAACAUGCAUAGCUAAAGUUGGGAAUUGUUCUGUGGGUGCACUUGAGUCUUGCUUUCUGCUUUUCUGUCACAUAGGCUACAUUAUGUGUGCGUUGAUGCCAUGUGCCUGUGUAUGAAAUUUGCAUAUUCAUGUUACACAGCUUUCCACACUGUAAACCAGUGAAAUGAGCAUUUAUGGAAAAAUUGUAUGUCAAUCCCUGCAAAGCUUUUUGGUGCUUGGCAAAAAAAUAAAUACAAAUAAAGUUCAUCUUGGAUGUUUGAAA